AUGCAGCAGAAUAAAGCAUGGCUUGCUUCUCAGUACUGUGCUUGCAGAGACCCCAAGUCUACAAAGAUGAAAGGGAAAAAGAAUAAAACAUUGGAGCCCAAAGGAAAAGGAAUUGCAAGAUAUAUAUAUAGAUGGCAUGGAGCUGUAUCGACUGAUCUAAUGAAGCCAGAUGUUCUCCAACCUAAGAAUGAACCGUCCAAUGAAAGUGACUCUGAAUGCAGUUCAAUCCCGGAGGGCAAGCAAGAUGGACUGGGUUGGAAAGUGAAGAAAACUUUAGGAAAACUGCUGUUUCUCAGUCACCACAACCACCAUCAAUCCCAUGAAAAAUUGAUGAAAUCUAUAAUACCAUUAGUUGCUAUUUCACUUUUUACAGCAACUAUCCAAGUUGGCUAUGAUGUGGAGGAGGCAGAAACAGAGAAGUUGAUAGGAAACAAAUUAGUUUUGAGAUCAAGACGGACGUCAAGAAGAGUCUCUGUAACCAGCUUGCCCAUUGGACUACAAAAGGUAGAAAAUUUUUUUUUCAAAUGUAUUCAUAUAUGUAUAUUUACAGUUGUUGUUGUCUUUGUUUUUCAGGUGGAUGAUCUCAUAGAAACUGUGGCUGAUAGAUCAGUGAAGCUCCUGGCACAGAGACAUGCAGAGCUGGAACAGUGCAAGUUUCUCGGGGAUGUGAUCCUUCAAUCCUCCAAGCAGUUUCAGAGGAUUUCUCAAAAGAGUGCUCGGAAAUACAAAUGGAAAAACUUGUGUUUUCCUUGUGUGUGGUGCUGUUAAGUA